UCCUUAGCGGAAAACAAAUCGUGGUCGGGUUUACAACAACAAAAUCUGAGAACCAAUAUGGCACUGAGCAAAAGGUCUGUUUGAUCACGACUUAAAUCACAGAAAACAUAUGAUGGCGGAGUAGAAACGAUGCAAGCAAAAAAGAUCAAAAACACAAAAACAAUCUACAAUCUAGACUAGAUAAUAGUAUAAUAUAGCUAGUUAUACCUAAUUUUAGAGCCUUAAUUACACAAUUAAAACAGAUAAAGAAAUAAUGACGAACAGAAAUUGGAUACUUGGAAUCUUUAAAAUAUAUUUACUUGGCAUCCUUUCACAUUAUCAGAGUCUUGCUAAGUCCGUUUUCCUGAAUCACACAGAAGUUACAUUAUCACGGGGAAUCAGUAUUGCAGAAGGAUUCUCCUUUUCCUUCAGAGCAUGUUCACUUGGUGUGUUAUUACGGCAGAGUACAGAUGAUUUGAUGUUAUCUUUGGUCUCUGGUGAUACAAACACUAGUCAUGCAAAGUUAGUCCUUGCAUGGAAAUAUGAAAACAAAACUAAGAACAAAUCUAUGGAGCUUGCACCAUUAUUUUCAAUGGAUAAUAAUGUUGAAGUUUUAGUUCAAGUAAGGAGCAAUAAUACUGGCUCAAUGUUUGAAGUCAAGUCCUCUGUUAGUAAACUGGAUAGCAGAAAUUUGUUUAUACAAGAUAUAUACCUUCAAAAUCUACCUGCUAAAAGCCAGUUAAUAAUAGGAUCUAGUAACUUCACUGGAUGUAUAUCUGGACUAAAUGUUGAUGUCAGCUCCUCGUGUCCUUUGGAUAAUUUGACUCCUUGUAUUGGACACAAAUGUCCAGCUGGUUAUGUAGGAAGGUAUUGUGAAGUGGACAUCGAUGAGUGCGUGGCAAGUGCAGAACAGUGUCAUCAUUUUUCCACUUGUGUGGAUAAGGUACACGGCUUUGAGUGUAUAUGUGGUCCUAAUUGGAAAGGACGAUUGUGCGAUCAAAAAAUUGGAGAUCCUUGCGAAAAUGUUACUUGCCUAAAUGGUGGCAUCUGCAAAGUUACAGAUGACCAUAAUAAUUUCACUUGUUCCUGUCCCGACACAUUUGUUGGUCGGUUUUGCGAGAUAUCAUUUUUUCCAUGCAUCACAAAACCUUGUAAGAAUGGUGGUUCAUGUACUAAUGAGACAGUAACAGACUAUUCUUGUGAAUGCAUUACUGGUUUUGUUGGGAAAAACUGCGAUAGGAACAUUGAUGACUGUGCACUAAAACCAUGCAAUCAAGGACAGUGCAUAGAUGGUGUAAAUAACUAUACAUGCAAUUGCUCAGGAAGUGGUUUCACUGGAGAGUUUUGUCAACUUGAUAUAAAUGAAUGUAUCAUCAGUUCGCCUUGUCAGAAUAGGGCCACCUGUCAAAAUCUAUUUGGAACUUACAAGUGUUUUUGUCAGUCUGGUUUUAGUGGAAGGAAUUGUGAAGUAAAUAUUGAUGAUUGUGAAAGACAACCAUGUGAAAAUGGUGGAACUUGUUCUGAUCAAGUGGAUGAUUAUAACUGCUCAUGUCAAGCUGGAUUUAAGGGAAAGAACUGUAGCAUCAACAUACAAGAAUGUGAAUCAAAUCCUUGUAUUAAUGCAAUUUCGUGUGAUGAUAGAAUUAAUGAUUACCAAUGCAAUUGCAAACCAGGAUACACAGGCAAAAAUUGUAACAGCAAUAUUGAUGAAUGCAUGCCAAAGCCUUGUCAGAACAAUGGAACUUGUGAGGAUGGCAUAGGAAACUAUAGUUGUCACUGUAUGGUUGGUUUUAAGGGUCUGAACUGUGAACAUAACAUCAACGAUUGUACUGAGGAUAGCUGUCAAAAUGGUGGAACUUGUUAUGAUAAAGUUAAUAACUACACCUGUAGUUGCGCAGUUGGAUUUAACGGAACUAACUGUGAAAACAAUAUUGAUGACUGUGCAUUGAACCCUUGCCUAAAUCAUGGCACAUGUAUCGAUCAAAUUAAUGGUUAUAAUUGCUCAUGCAUUCCGUCAUAUACUGGUCGAAAUUGUGAGACGUUUCAAGAUCCUUGUACACCUAAUCCAUGUAAAAAUGGUGCGUCCUGUUUAAAUGACACAAAAUUAGGCUACAAGUGCAAUUGUACCCAAGAGUUUGGUGGCAAAAAUUGUGAAAAUAAGUUUGGUAUCUGUUUCCCAACUAAUCCUUGCGAACACGGAAAAUGUAAUGAAACUGCUGGCUCUUAUACUUGUACGUGCGAUAAAGGCUACACUGGGACAAAUUGUUCUACUAACAUCAAUGAAUGUGAGAAUAUCACAUGCAGCAACAAGGGUAUAUGUGUUGAUACGCCUGGUUCAUUUUUUUGCAAUUGUAGCGGUACUGGAUAUGAUGGUGAAUUUUGUCAAAAAAAUAUUAAUGAAUGUGAAUCAGGUGUUCAUAAAUGUCUAAAUGGAUCUUGUAAUGAUCUUGAUGGUAGUUAUUUUUGUAGAUGUAAUCGUGGUUGGGAAGGUGAUUUUUGUAAUGAACCUGAUUUCCCUUGUUCGGAUUUUUUUUCUAAAUAUGAAGAAAAAUAUUGCAAAAAUGAAGGAGAAUGCAAGAAAGUUUUUGGUGAUGACAGGUACCCAAAUAAAAAAAUGUGUAUAUGUAUUCCUGGAUAUACUGGCACCCGAUGCGAAACAAACAUCAAUGAAUGUGAUCUUGGUUACUGUGAAAAUAACAGCACUUGUGUAGAUUUAAUAAACGAUUACAACUGCACUUGUCAACUGGGAUUUACUGGUCGGAACUGCUCAACAGAUAUAAACGAAUGCUUGCCCAACCCGUGCCAGAAUAACGCUAGUUGUGAAGACAUGAUUAACAUGUUUAAAUGUAACUGCCCACCAGGUUACAAUGGUACUUUUUGUGAGAAUGACAUAGAAUGGUGCUUGUCAUCACCCUGUCAAAAUGGUGCCAGAUGUAACGAGGAAGUCGAAAAAUACACUUGUUCAUGUUUGCCUGGUUUUACAGGUGUGAACUGUGAGGAAGAUAUUCAAGACUGCAAGCCCAACCCUUGUGUGUAUCACGGUCUAAACAAUUCUAAAAUAGAAAGUACAUGUAUCGAGAAAUCUAAUAUAACUGCAAUGAAAGCCUAUAAUUACACUGUGAACGAAACACAUUAUCACGGAAGGGAUGGUUACAUUUGCAAGUGUUUAUUAGGACUCGAAGGAAAAAACUGUAGCACUGAUAUUAAAGAUUGUAACGAUACAUUGUGCAUGAAUAAUGCUCAAUGUGUUGAACUAGUAAACGACUUUCAGUGUAUCUGUCAUGCAGGAUUUACUGGUAAAACUUGUCAGACAAAUAUCGACGACUGCUCUCCUUCGCCAUGUUUAAACAACGGAACAUGCAUCGAUGAUGUGAAUGGAUACAAAUGUAAUUGUACUAGUAAAUACAAAGGGGUCAAUUGUUCGGAGCCAUUAAACUUUUGUACCUUAUGUGAAAACGAUGCGAAAUGUGAUAAAACUGGAGAUAAAUUAAAGUGUGUUUGCACGGAUGGUUUUACUGGCGAAACGUGCAGCAUCUCAACGACUUUUAAUCUCAAAGGAGAUGGUUAUUGGAAAAUCGAUGCUAUGAACAACACAAAUGAAAAAAAUAACCUAUCCGCCAGUUUCCGAACAACGUUACCAAAUGGUUUGAUAUUACAAACAAUAUUUCCUACAGAAACUCUCAGUGUUUACUUGAAGAACAAAACAUUACUGUUGGCAAGUGGCACAAAGUCUAUCACGAUCGGCCAAAACCUCAAUGAUAAUAUAUGGCAUACGCUCAAGUUGUCCAUGGAUGGAUCUGUGAUCAAUAUUUUUGUUGAUCAAGUAAAAAAUGGAACAUUUACAUUAAAUGGACGCACUGAGAUAAUCUAUAAUAUUUACCUAGGUGGAAGUGGCUCUCACAGUGGUUCCAAUUUCACUGGAUGUAUUCAAGAUUUUAUGGUAAACGCCAAUAAAUUCCCUCCUAGGAACGGUAUCAGGGUUCAUACCAUAAUUGGUGCAUGCAAUAAAACCACUGUAUGUCAAGACCGUUCAUGUAAUCAGCAUGGUAGAUGCAUUGAUUUGUGGGAUACAAGGAGGUGUGAAUGUUUCCGCCAAUAUUUCGGUGAUUCUUGUGAAUCAGAAAUCAGUGCAUUCAACUUCCAGCAAACAACAUCAACUAACACGACUCGUAAACGUAGAUCCACCACCUCUAAACAUGCAGUGUCAGCAGUUGACUUUAACAUCUCAUCUUCCUUUUCUUUCUUGAUUCGUACCCGUCAGUCAGAUGGAUUUCUUGCAUUACUUUUGUCAACACAAGACACCUCGAGCGACUACACAUAUCUGCUAUAUUACAUCAAGGACGGUGCACUUCGUAUGAUCAAGGGUUCCAAAAAUGCAGAAGCCACACGUAAUUUUCGAGGAAACAUAACAUUGAAUGAUGGCCAGUGGCACACAAUUACGCAAGACAAUACUAAACUCAAUUCUGUUUUGUUUGAUAUUGGUGAUGUUUCUGUGAAGCAGCUGUAUCUAGCUGGUUUUCCAGAUUACAGUAUGUAUUCCGACAUCCUCCCGACUAAUAUAUCAUUUGAUGGCUGUCUACAGGCUAUAAAGGUCGGAGAAUCAUUUUUGACCAAUCAAAACAUCCCAAGCACACCCACCAAUGGCAUUACAUUGACUGGAGCAAGUCUUGGAUGUCAGGGUGCGGAUGUAUGUUCCUCUUCACCAUGUUUAUAUGAUGGCAAUUGCACUGAUUUGUGGAACGAUUUUAACUGUAGCUGUAGAGUAGGAUUCGCUGGUGAAAGAUGUACAGUGUAUGGAUGCAGGGUUCAAGUUGACGCUUGUCCUUCAUCAUCAGAUUGCAUUGAUGUACCAACUCGUCCAGGUGUCAUUAAAUGUUCGUCCCCACUUACUUACAACGGAUUUAAUAGCAGUUCCACCGUACAAGUGAGAAAUGCCACCUCGGAUCGACUCUCCUUCGCUAUAAGGACGGUUCAAGUAGAAGGACUCAUUUUAGCUACACGUAGAAGCUCGACAGAAUCUGUCGCUGUUGGUAUUAAAGACGGAAAACUUGUCCUACGAGGAAAAGUAGCUAAUGUUUCCCACGUGAUCACUGGAGUGACUGUGAACAACGGUGAAUGGCAAAAUAUCACAAUAAACUCCAAUUCAUUUGCUACAACUGCUCUAAAUAGUACAGACAGCCCACGUGUUGGACAAUUGUUAUCAUUGCUAGCACAGAGUUCACUUCAAGUUGGAAUUCAUACAGAAGUCGAUGAUUUUACGAACCCUUUUUUCGGUUGUUUGAAGAACUUAGUAAUUGGAACACAUGUUUAUGAUAUAGACGUCCAAAAUUCAAGUAACGUACAAGCUAACUGUAUUAGCACUAAACCUUGUUCGACAUCUUCACCAUGCGAAAGAGGGACUUGUAAAGAUCUAUUUAACGAUUUCGAGUGUGAAUGUCCUCCAUUCUAUGCCACUAAAACUUGCAACACGACAAUAGAUGUAUCGUGCGCGUUUCCUGAGCCUUUAUGUGACAAUGGUACUUGUGUUAAUCUAACUGAAGGUGUAGCCAGGAAAUUUAGUGAUGCUGGGAGAGAUUAUUUUAGGUGUGAUUGCCAUGAUGGUUUCACUGGGGACUUUUGCCAGAAUGUUACAAACGAAUGCACGACAAACAUUUGCAAAAACGGUGGAAAUUGCACGGACCUUCAUUUAGAUUACAAGUGUACAUGCGCAACCGGUUGGAGCGGAAAAAACUGUUCCGACGAUUAUGACGAAUGUAUGUCGAGGCCGUGUAAAAACAACGGCGUUUGUAAAGAUCGGUUUAACAAUUACACUUGCGAUUGUGCGAACACUGGUUAUAGUGGACGAAACUGCGAACAGGAUAUCAACGAGUGUGAUGACGUGAACUUAUGCAAGAACAAUGCGACGUGUAACAAUACAGCGGGUAGUUUUCAUUGCGGCUGCAUCGUCGGAUAUUUUGGUGACAGAUGUGAGUAUAAUAACACGCUGUUGUGUGAAAAGAAGAAGCCAUGUCAAAAUAAUGGCGUCUGUUCGAGCGAUAUAACGGGUUAUAACUGUACAUGCACGGCGGAUUAUACAGGAACUAACUGUACUGAAAAACUAACGUCAAAGGUCGACGAUGACGACGACGAUAAAUUACCGAUUAUCAUUGCCGUGUCGGUGGUGGUUGUUCUCAUCGUGCUUGCAAUACUUGCGGUUGUUUUCUUCAAGUUUUGUCGCGACAAAAGCGGCAUGGAAGGAACUUAUAGUCCCAAUAAAGAGGAACAGAUAUCUGGCAAUGUCGAGAUGAACACAAUCAAAAAGCCGAACACCGAAAGACUAAUCUAACUCAGUGAAGACGUUUAUGAGGAUUUGGUAAUGUUUAUAGAGCAACAGACAGUGCUUAUUGUGGUUAACGUUGGCAAACACUAAAGAUGACUUUACAUAAAAAAAGCGCGAAAGUUCUUCGUAUUUAUAUUAAUUUAAUCCUCCAUCGUAGAGGAUAUUGAUGAUCUUAGAUUAUCUAUUGUAAAAAGUAUUUAGAUUUUUUAUAUCUGGUGUAAUUUUUAGCUUUUGAGGAUGUGUUUCUGUGGUCGUGUAGUCUUGUGUUACUUCCCAUUUUUUCCCUUUUGUUUUAUUCUAAAAAAUAAGCUUUAAAAUCUCUUUCAUAUGAAGCACUUUUCUCACGAUUAGAAUUUUCCUCUCUGUUUUUUUUUUAAAAAAGAACCCUCGCUGAUCAUUUUCCUGAACAAGAAUAUUUCCCCUCUCUUAAAUUGUAUUUAAAAACAUAAUUUUUCUAGACAUACAUUUGUAAUUUUCAAUACUAUUUUUUUAUUCAAUACGUUUCUGUAAGUAUAUCACAUAUAGUUGAGAUGGGAAUAGUGAAAGCAGGUGCUCAAAGUUAACAAGAAUUUUUUAACGUUACAUCUUUUUCAUUCAAUUCCAACGCAGCUUCUGUUAAAUACUUCUUUCAUUAGUUCCAGCUCUGCGAGAUAAUUUUAUAAAUUUUGUAUUUAUUUUAGCAUUUUUUUCUUUUUUUCUUUUUGGGAUAGAUAUCGAACGCAGUCGGGCACACUUUUAUCCACGUACACCUCGAAAGGGCGGUAAAUAAUUUUUUUGCAAAGCCGGUCACAUUUCACUCCAGAAAUAACCUAGGAAUAUUUCUUUCUAAAAUUUGAUUGGUUGAUAACAGAAGAACAAUUGAUGAUUGACCAAUCAAAUUGCCGCCUUAUUUUCUGUUUGUUUAAUUUUGGCGCUCCACCGUCAAAAUAAAAUAUUUGUCCAUAAAUAAUCCCCCGUCAAAAAAAGAAAAGAAAAAACCACAGUAUUAUAAUUUUUUCUUGUUUAAAUCGAAUCUACCGCACACAAAGUUUUUAAAAAUAUUAAAUAUGCUUUCCAUUAUAUUCUGGUGGUAGUGUCUUACAUUCAAUGACUAAUUGAAUAGUUUUUAUUUUUUAUGUUUUUUUUGUUUAGUAGAAAAUACAAUAAUAAGAAUAUGUAGAAACGGAAUCAAUAUUGCAUGUCUGUUAAAUCUUGUUAUACGUUGAUCUUCCCUCCAGACUUUUUAAUAAUUAGUUUUAUGAUAGAAAUACAUUUUUAUCUUGUAAUGGUGACUAAAAUGCAGACCCUUUAAGACUAAACAUUUAUUUAGUGUAGGCCAGUUCUAUUCAAAGGCAUGUUUAUUUGUCAAUGGGUUUUAAGUCUUCUUUCAUUCGUCUUGGAUGUAGCUACCCAGGGUUACUUCUGUGUCUGAAUGCUAAAGUCCUUGAAAUAUGGCAAAAAUAAAGAAAAAGAACGAAAAAAACUUGAAUGGUAGUCUUUCUGAAGUCAAACUUGGCUCCUGAAGGGUGUCUUUUUUUAAGAACAAGGUGUUGGGAAUGGCUGAAAAAUAAGAACAAAAUAGAAACAAUUUCUUCCUAAACAACGAAAUUACAUUAGAAAAAUACAUGUUUUUAAAGUUUUGAUAAAAAUAUGCUAAUUAAUGCAUGACAUCAUGAUUAGAAAAACGACGUGCUGUUUUAAGAGUUUAUGAAGGUGUGUGGGUUGUUUCUGAGCGAUGAUAUCAUAAUUACGCAUAACGAGCUAAACUUUCAACUCUCCCAAACCAAGAUUUUUGAAAAAAAUAAAAAGAUUUAUAGACAACUCGUUGAUCAAAACAUUUUUUAUCGGUUGCCGUUAACUGGCGUUAUGAAUGUGUGAACAGAACACAUUUUCUGUAUAGCCUCACAUUGAGUUGAAUAAAGGUAGCGUUGAUACUCGCUUCUGAUUGGCUGAUUCAUGAAAAUCGGAACAUAACAUCUGGCAGCUUGUUUUUUGCAAGCAGCUACCUCGCGUUUGUGUUCGAGGAUGAAAAUAGUUCGAAAAUAUGGGUGCAUCAUUCGGUCACAAGAAUAAAUAUAUCAGUGUUUCCGCCGUACCGACAGAAAAACAUCGUCAUGUG